UCUCAAUCUUACUGGUUAUUGGGAGAAAGAGUUUCCUAUUUGCUGUUUAGAGACUUAAGAGGAUCAAGUUGGAGGGAUGUUACAAAGAGCUGCAUCAAAUGCUUACUCAUGGUGGUGGGCAAGCCAUAUCAGGACAAAGCAAUCAAAAUGGCUCGAACAGAGCCUUCAAGAUAUGGAAGAGAAGGUGCAGUAUAUGCUUAAGCUCAUUGAAGAAGAUGGAGACUCAUUUGCCAAGAGGGCAGAAAUGUACUACAAAAAGAGGCCAGAACUGAUAAACUUCGUUGAAGAUUCAUAUCGUGCUUUCCGAGCCUUGGCUGAACGGUAUGAUCACUUAUCAACAGAGUUACAAAAUGCCAACAAUACCAUUGCCUCUGUUUUCCCUGAAGAAGUCCAGUAUGAAAUAGAUGAUGAAGAUGAAUAUGGUUCUCCUAAAGUUCCAAAGAGUUCUUCACAAGUCUCAGCACCAAAUGUCCCAAAGGCUCCGAGUACAGAUUUUAAGGGUCUCGUAAGAACAGCCACAAAGAAACUGCAAGCAAGGAAGCCACCAAAAACAGCCAAGAUCAAUAAUACUGUUGCUAAAUCUGGUUUAAGCAAAAGCGAGGCUCUUGAAGAGAUUGACAAGCUUCAGAAAGAGAUUUUGGCCUUGCAAACUGUGAAGGAGUUCGUGAAGAGCUCUUACGAAAGCAGGCUUGCAAAGUACUGGGGUAUUGACAGUCGGAUCAUGCAAAUGCAGCAAAAAGUUUGCAGCUUGCAGGAUGAAUUUGGUGUGGGUAAGGUCAUUGAAGAUAAUGAUGCGAGGACCUUGAUGGCAGAAGCAGCUCUGAAAUCGUGCCAAGAGACAUUGGCUCAGUUGCAGGAGGAGCAAGAUAGAUCUUCUGAGGAAGCAAGAGCAGAACACAAAAGGAUUGAAAAUGCUCGUGAGAGACUAAAGUCUCUCAAGCAUGAGUUUCUCCAUGAUCGAACUGAUGAGGAGAAGCCAGAUGACCGAUAUGAUACAGUCAAAUCAGGAGAGAAGACACAAAGCUCUAUCCCAGAAGUGACUGGCACGAAAGAAGAGAGACAAGAAAUGGCAGUGGUACAAGAGAAAAUUAAGGAACACUUCGAGGCGAUCUCUCAGGGACCUCUGACGGUGUCAGAAAUGGCAGAAAAGAUUGACGAGCUUGUGAACAAGGUGAUUAGCCUUGAAACUGCAGUUUCAUCUCAGACUGCUCUUAUAAACAAAUUAAGAACGGAAGCCCAUGAUCUUCACUCACAAAUUCAGAGCUUGGAAGAUGAUAAGGCAAGUCUGAUUGAUGAUACAUUUAGCAACAGGCUGAAGGAAAUGGAGGACAAAUUGCAUGGCAUUCAGAAUCUAAACCAGAAUGUUGAAAACCAAAAUCACCACCUCAAAGAAACUUUUACUGAAGCUCGUUGUAGUCUUGGUCACCUGUCUGAGAAAUUGCAAACUGUGAAGCCAGAUGAAGACCUUGAGAUUAGAGGGUCAUUACAAGAAGAAAAGGUGUCUCUUGUUGAAAUCAAGCCAAAAGAAGAGUUGGAAGAACUAAAAGAUACACCGAGUCCAUGUGAUGGUUUUGGAAACUCCAGUACUUUGACAACAGAUGAGGGGGAGGACAGCAAACAACCUGAUAUCUGUACAUUGGUUAAGAAUCAGUCAAGAGAAGAUAAAAAAGCCGAUGAUGGAUCUGACAAAUGUCAAAACUCAAAGCCACAGGACAAAGUUGACAAGCAAGUUUCAUCCCAACCAGCAGAUAGUCCUCUCAACACCAAGCCACAAAAAGAAGAGACAGAAAAAGAAGAUGGGGUAAACUGGCAGCAGAUGCUCUUGACUGGGUUAGAGGAUAGAGAAAAGGUUCUAUUGACAGAAUACACUGGCAUUCUGAGGAGCUAUAAAGAUGCCAAGAAGCAGCUGAGUGAAGUUGAGAAAAGAAAUAGGGACAACCUCUUUGAAAUGACAGUGCAACUAAGGGAAAUGAAGAGUGCUAUUGCCAAGAGGGAUGAAGAGAUUCAAUCAUUACGUUGGAAGCUGAAUCUAGAACAAGCAAGUGUAUCUGAAGAUAAAUAUUCAAAUGGAGACCAUCCGCCAUCAACCUCAGAUUCGAUAGACGAUCGAAGUGCUAAACCUGAAGCCAGAAUUGAGGAUCCAUCUAAUAAUGAAGAUACUCAGCUGACAAAGGAAGAGGAGGAGCACAUCAUGUUGAUUUUGACCGAUCAACCUCAAUGCAUCUCAGUGAUUGAAGAAAAGCUCAGGAUGAACAUCGAUGCAAUACUAGACGAAAAUUUAGAAUUCUGGUUAAGAUUUAGCACAGCAUUUCAUCAGAUACAGAAAUUCAAAACUGAGGUCCAAGAUUUACAGGAUGAGAUAAAGCAACUCAAAGAAAAAAAGAAGCAAGAGGGAAGCAUUGAAACAGACUUAAAAUCGGAUCUCCGACCGAUAUAUAAGCACCUGAGGGAGAUACAGACAGAACUGACACUGUGGUUAGAACAAAGUGAAUUGCUGAAGGGAGAAUUACAACGCAGAUCCUCCUCUCUAUGCAACAUUCAAGAAGAGAUAACAAUGGCUUUGAAGGAGGGCAUGGAAGAAGAAGAAAUCAAGUUCACAAGUCAUCAAGCUGCAAAGUUCCAAGGUGAAGUUCUGAACAUGAAACAGGAGAACAACAAGGUUAGAGUGGAAUUGCAAGCAGGUUAUGAUCAUGUAACUGCACUCCAACAGGAAAUUGAGAAGACUCUAGCAAAGUUGGAUCAUGAGUUUGGGCUUUCAGAAGCAAAGAAUCAAAAUCAGCCACAGUUGAGCCACUCAACUAGUCGGUCUCGAGUUCCUUUAAGGUCAUUUAUCUUCGGAAAUAAACCAAGGAAGCAGAAGCAUUCACUUUUCUCCUCUAUGCACCCUAAUAAAAAAUUUCAGGUUCUGAGAUCUGGCAUUCCCAUGUAGAUAUUUUUUUUUUGGCUCUUCUUGUUUUCUUCAUUUAUUUUUAUCUUUUCUUUUUGGGGUUCUUAUAGAUGAUACCUGGCCAGAGUGACAAGUUUUUGUGUUUUCUAUUAGUUUCUGAAUGAGGAAAGAUGUGUGGUGUGGAAUUUUGUUUUCUUUUAGUUUCACAGAAUUAUAAAUGAUUUUAGGUUGUAAUUAUCAAAGCAACAUUAGUCUUGUAGCGAGUUGCAUUGAUUCAUUCUCAUUAUG